AUGCCGGAAGUACCUCCCGGGGGGGAGGGUCAGAGCCCUCUCUGUGACGUGACAAAGGGUCUCCCUGCAGCCCACCUGCUGCUGGGCAGCUCGGGGAGGCGCUCCCACAGCCACAAAGAGGGGCACACACCAAGGCAGCCUUGGGGCCCCUGCGAGGGGACCCGAGCCAUCCUGGGGAGCCACAGCCCCACGGCCCGGGAAGAUGCUGACCUUCACGGCCCCGGGCAGGCCGGGCUGGCCGCCGUGGCCGAGCCGCACAGGCCGUAUUCCUGCCUGAAGAAGCUGUCUUCAAGCCUCAGCGGCCUGGUGCUGGUGUCGGGCAUCUUCCUCCUCGGCCUGGGCAUCCACAGCCAGCACAGCGAGGCCACCCUGACCCGGGUCCUCGGGCUGGCCUCGGCCCACCUGCGACACGUCGGCCACCUGUGCCUGCUGCUGGGCAGCACCGUGGCCCUGCUCAGCGUGGCCAGCUGCCACGGGGCCGCCAAGGACAGCAGGGGCACUCUCUUACUUGGCUUUCUGUCCAUGGCCAUUGUCAUCGUCAUGGAGGUCACAGCCGCCGCCGUGGUCCUGUCCCUCUUGCCCGUGGUUAGCGACUUGACCUUGGAGCACACCGUGGUGACCCUGAAGAAGAAUUACCGAGGCUACAAUGAGCCGGACGACUACUCCUCGGAGUGGAACCUGGUGAUGGAGAAGCUCCAGUGCUGCGGGGUGAAUAACCACACCGACUUCGUGGGCUCCGCCUUUGAGACAAGCACCGGCCACAGUUACCCCAGGGGCUGCUGCCGGUCCAUGGGCACCGCAGCCUGCGACGGGCACGACGCGUCCUCGGCCGUCAUCCACCAACGGGGCUGCUUCUCCAAGCUCUUGGAAAUAACCAAGAGGCAGAGCUCCGUGCUGUCCGGGGGUUCGCUGGGGGCGGCCGUGAUGCAGCUGCCGGGCACUCUGGCCGCCUUGCUGCUGUUCAUGAAGCUCGGCUGA